AUGGCCUCAUUACAAGCUUCAUGCUUUCUAGUCUCUUGUUCUUCUUAUAGUUGUUCGAAAAGAAUCAACGCUGCCAUUUCUGUCCCUAAACUUCAAAAAAUUCAGUCAUCAGUUCCAAAAAAUCCAUUAAAACUAGCUGAGGAACUGAAUUUAAGAGAUGGGUUCACAAGUACAAUCCCAUUGGAAAACACAAGAGUAAAUCAAUAUGAGCCAAUCAAUUCUACAGCUAAUACUACAGCAGCAGCCAAGGUUUAUGCAAUCUUAGAGGCUGUUGCUGAUAGGAUAGAGAUGCACAGAAACAUCGGCGAGCAACGCGACAAUUGGAACACUCUUCUUUUGAAUUCAAUUAACAUGAUCACUCUCACAGCUGCAACCAUGGCAGGUGUUGCAGCGGGUGGUGCAGUAGGAGCACCUCUUUUGGCUUUGAAGUUAUCAUCAACUCUUUUGUUUUCUGCGGCUACCGGAAUGUUACUUAUCAUGAACAAAAUCCAGCCCUCACAGCUUGCAGAAGAGCAAAGAAAUGCAACGAGAUUGUUCAAGCAACUUUAUAGCCAAAUACAAACUACUCUUGCUCUUCGUGAUCCUACUGAUAUGGAUGUAAAGGAUGCAAUGGGCAGAGUUUUGGCUCUCGAUAAAGCUUACCCUCUUCCUUUGUUAGGAAAAAUGAUCGAAAAGUUCCCUUCAAAAUUUGAGCCUGCUGUUUGGUGGCCUAAAUCAAACGAGUCCCUAAAUAGAGAACAGCCUAAACAGGUGAAAACAAGAGGAAAGAAUGGGUGGAGUGAGGAUCUUGAAGAGGAGAUGAGGGAGGUGAUUGAAGUAAUAAAGAGAAAAGACAACGAAGAUUACAUGGGACUAGGCAACUUGGCAUUGAGGGUAAACAAGAUUUUAGCCAUCUCUGGUCCAUUACUUACUGGCAUUGCAGCUGCUGGUUCUGCCCUUGUAGGCCAUGGAUCAUGGGCAGCAAUAGUGGCUGUCACAGCUGGUGCAUUAGCUAGCACAGUCAAUACAUUUGAACACGGUGGCCAAGUUGGUAUGGUAGUUGAAAUGUACAGAAACAAUGCUGGAUUCUUUACACUUUUGGACGAAUCAAUGAACUCUACAAUUCAAGAAAGGGAUUUGGAGAAAAGAGAAGAUGGGGAAAUGUUUGAAAUGAAGGUGGCCAUGAAGCUUGGAAGAAGCUUGUCACAGCUUAGAGAUCUUGCAAGAAAAUCCUCUACUUCUCAUGUGGAUGGAAGCACCAUAGAUGAGUUUGCUAGCAAGCUAUUUUGA